AUGUCUUAUGAGCUUCGCGCAGCUGCCCAGGGUUGCAAAGGCCAAUUUGAGUUGCUCAUUGAGAUUAGUGAAGAGUUGGGUCUCGCAUGCGACAAGUCGGAUGAUGCAUACAACGUCAAUUGGGUUGAAGAACAGUACGCCAGGUUCAAGAUAUGGGCGGCGAACAUCGGAGCCUUUGCUCAAGGUCACGCCUCGCUCGAUUACCGACUUCGUGACAACGAGCAAACGCAGAAAUUCAUGCUGGAAUUCCUUCUCACUCUGACAGAUUUCACCAAACGAGGCAAGUCCCUAUUACCCUACAUUUUUGCGACAUCAAGCGACGUAGACCCGAACGAAAGGAUAACAGAGCGCCAUGCAGCCCGAUCAAAAAAUCGAACUAUUGCGAGCUUGAGACCAGAAGGACCAGCCGACGCGCUCUAUCGUAUCGACAGUCUUACUGGAGAUGGAUCAAUUGGAGAUGCAUCAUUCGACGAUGCGACCUCUUCUGCAAUAUCAUCAUCGUUCCAAGGAACCGAGACGGAUUCGGUUCAAGAUGAGCUGACCAUUGCUACUUCAGCGGAGGACUCAUUGCCAGAGAAGAGGCUAUCAGGCAUAGAGAAAGCGAUCGAUCGACUCUAUCGGCUUUCGCUAUUGAUUCGCCAGCCUUCAAAAGCAGCUCGGAACGAGAAGGCUGAACAGUUCAUCAUGAAAGAUGAAGAAGAUAACGUGCUCAACGAGACAUUCGCAGCUUUUGCUCUUCAGAUAGUGUAUCAUUGCUUCCCACAUGCGCCUGAGUUCCUGCGCAACAAAUUAUCGCAUGGCAUUGUCAUACGUCGGCAGCGUUUCUUAUACCAACGAAAGCACCAAAGGAAAUUGUCUGUGGUGCAUUCAUCGAAGGAAAGCACGCGGGAAGACAUGGGACAUGACGCCAAACAUCGUGAGACGGAUACAACAGCACGUGCCUCUGAUUUAGCAGAUGAGCCGUUACUAUCACCCACUCUGAUCUUAGAGCUUCACCAGGCAAAGAACUCCGACCUAUCACAAACUUCCGCAUCCGCACUCCGCAAGCAGAAUCUGCCACUUGAUCGAGCACUGGAGGACGCAAAAUCAAAUCAGUCUACCGCUUUUACUGCCACACCUUCCUCGAGUGCACCAAUAGAACUACCCCGUCCACCCAAACCAGCUGCUGGCGGUAAGGAGUUCGAAUGUCCAUACUGCUGCCUCAUGUUACCAAUAAAGGAGUCGAAAGCUUCUCACUGGAGACGACAUGUCCUAGAGGACCUUGAGCCCUACACCUGUCUCUUUGAAGGAUGUCCAGAUGGCAAAACGCUUUUCGAGACCAAAGCCACCUGGAUAUCCCAUCUCCAGGAGCACAACAUCCGUUGGAGGUGCACAUCCAAGUCCCAUUCAGCAUCGCGGUUUGAAAGCGAAGAAGAGUACUUUGUACACAUGCGCAGUCACCACUCCAAAUCAUUCACUGAGUCACAGUUACCCUUGUUAGCGAAAAAGAGCAAAGUUUCGACGCCUAUCAUCUUCCCACAGUGCCCUCUGUGUUCGUAUAUACCCAGCGAAAACGGGACAGGUCAUAUGUCUGGCUUGAGUCAAGCUCAGAAAGACAGAUCAGUGUCCGAUCGGAUCAUUAAACACAUCGCAGCUCAUCUGGAGUCUCUCGCCGUCAAGGCUUUGCCAUGGCAAGACGAGGCCGAAGAACAUUCAGAUGGCGCAUCACAAACAGGAAGAGCAGAAGAUGUCACUGUGCAGAGCGAGAACGGCUCCAGAGUCCUAGAAUCUAAUGGGGCGUCAAGUCUUGCGUUUCCUGGGGACAUUGACAGUACCAUCGCAAGCUCUUAUGUUGACGAAACUUCUCUUUUCUCGAGAGACAGUACCAUCUCACCUGAGAUGCCGACCAGGAGUGGUGAGAUAACACCACUUCUUGACUCUUCGUACGAAGAAGAUUGGAGCUUCAUUGAACGGCAACCAUACUUCGGGCAUGAUCGCGAUGAGACCCUACAGCCUCUCUUACAGCGGCUUUUCCUUGAAGACUUCACGUCGAACGCAUUUUCCGGACCAACGCUCCCUGCCUACCAGGUACCUGUAUCCCCGGAUAGGAACUUCUACGGCCGGGAUUAUGCGCUCAAUGCGAUGCAAAAGGCCAUAUGUGGCGUUGCUGAAGACGAAGCUGUGGACAACAAACCUGUAAGCUGGCCGAGAUGUUACGCGAUUUACGGACCUGGUGGUAUGGGGAAAACUCAAAUUGCAGCAGAAUUUGUGGCCAAGCACAGAACCAAGUUUGAUGCGAUCUUGUGGGUUCAUGCAGAAGAUGCAGGGAAGAUAGCGCAGGAUUACAAAGACUUGGCCAUUGGCUUGGGUCUGGUAGCAGCUGAUUCUCGAGAUGCGAUGGACUUGAACUACACAAGGGAUGUGCUGAAAGGGUGGCUGGUCAAUCCGGAGAAAGACAGAUCACGAGAAAGCGGAAAAGCUCAAGGAAAAGCUUCUUGGCUCCUGGUCUUCGAUGGUGUGGAGGAUGGCGAAGUGUUGAAUGGCUUCUGGCCAUAUAACGGCCCGGGCUCUGUCCUCAUCACUAGUCGCAACCCGUACUCAUGGUCUGCAUCUCUGGAGCUGAAACCAUUCAGCGUACCCGAGGCUACGCAGUACUUAUUCCACGUGACCGGCAAACAACCCAUUGCCGGUUAUGAGAUGACAGCUGCAACAACCAUUGUCAAUCGUUUGGGCGGUCUACCUCUAGCCCUCAGCCAAAUGGGCUCUAUCGUUGCAUCCAAAAAUAUGUCAUUUGCGGACUUCCUCUAUUCUUUCGAGGAUCAUGAAGGGUCACAGGCCUUCUUUGACUGGCAAACUCCCGAUAAAUCGCGCUCGACAAGCAACUAUCAGUCCAACGUGGCUUCUGUUUGGGCCUUUGACCGCCUUGGAAAAGGCGUAGCGCUUAUCAACAUCAUUUCUAUGCUGGACCCUGACGCAAUCCCAGAAUCGAUCUUCACUUCUCCAAUAAAGGAUGACGACUCUGAGUUGGUUCAAUCUGUCAAAAAUGACUAUGUUGCUGCGCGCACCGAGCUCUUGGCGCGAUCCCUCCUCACCAGCAAUAAGGAGAAAAGAAAGCUAUCAGUACACAGGUUGGUACAAGAUGUAGCACGAGCCAGAUUGCGUCAGCCUGAGAUGAGGAAAUACUUCCUUGCAUGUGUGGAAUUGAUCAACGAUAGCUGGACUUUUCAGGAGCUCACCUGGAGACAUGGCAUCGCUCGCUGGGAGAAUUGCGAGGAGUUAUUUCCCCACAUACAGCGCCUCAAGACUGUAUUUCCGUUGAUUACGCCAUCCCCGGACUCAUUUGACGACUACGAGUUUGCGAAGCUCCUCAUAGAUAGUGGUUGGUACCAACACGAACGUGGCCAGUCGCCGGAUGCGAUCUACUCCAACAACAUGGCCCAGUCGAUAUGCGAGUCUCUCAAGCUCCGUUUGCUGGAGCGCCCCGAACUCGCGCAUGGCAGCACGGUAACUCUCUCGAUGCUAAACUAUUCGCUUACCGAGAUUGCACACAACAGGGGAUGCAUAGCUCUAGAGAUCAACGAGCCAACUGAUGCAUUGCAGUAUCAUACGAUGUUCAAUGAUGAGAUGGUAAAAGAGAGCCUGAAGAGUGACACCGAGGACAUGCGUCUCGCCAUCUCUUGGAACGAGUUGGGAAAUGCGCACAUGCUCAACCGUGACUGGAAGAGAGGAGAAAAGUGCUUCUUAAAGUCCAUCGAAGAAAUGCGCAAGUACCGCAAGUUCAGUGAGACCAUGAUCUCGCUACCCCUCGCUAAUCUGGGUCUGGCGUAUUGGCUGCAAGGAAACAACGAGCUAGCUUCUAAAACCCUCAAAAAGGGGUUGCGAGACCGCGAAAAUGAGUUCGGCAAAGAAGACCGAGUAUCCUUCAUCACCGGCCGCUUUCUCCACGCCUUGGGAAAUGUGGAGUCCAGUCUAGACUACCACCGCCGUGCGCUUAUGCACUACAAGUCAACCCUUGGCAACCGCCAUCACCGUACGGCCGACGUCUUCGUCAAAGUCGCAGAGCAUCACAUACAUCUGGGGAAUUACGACAUGGCACUUGCUCUCCUGAAUCAUGCUCUUGAGGCAUUCUCCAAUUCUCAUACGUAUAUGCCCGAGAAGACCCGAGCGUGCUGGAUGCGGUAUAAAGCGUUGAGUGGAUUGGGGAAGAAAGAAGAGGCAGAAAUUGAGCUGGCGAACUGUUAUCAGGUUUACUCCAGGCUUCGGAGUAAGCGUGAAGGCUAUGGGCCAAAGUUCAAAGAGAAGCCGAGCGAGCUUGACGAUGAUGACAUUGAUGAUCUUAUUGUAUUCUGGUCGAAGUAA